GCAUCCUCAGUCGGAGAUAAACGGUCGUGGCAGGACAGUCGUGUUCCAUCGGAGGACAACUUCGAAGAAUUGUAAUACCGUGGUUUUGCCAUUCGCCCCUUCGGUCGGUGAGUGUGUGUUUGUGCGUGCGUGCUUUGGUGGACGUCAGUGUUGGUGGCACAAAUUAGUGCGUUUUUUCCUUUCGUCGGGAAGCUGCGAGGAACUAGCAGCCGAGCAGGUAGAGUUUCAGCAAUGUGAAGUGUCAAAAACUGUGUGUUUUCUUUGACGAUUUUCACCUUCUGACGUUUCGGAUAGGUGAAAUCCGUGAAUUGUUCGGUCGAUUCCCGGUGCGGUGGAAGUCGGAUUUGAACAGGGAAGUGAGUUCUUUAAGGGAUAGUUAAUCUUCUUCGUGAAAAAGGUCAUGCAGUGGAAGUGAUUAAUGUCCUGUUUUUGCGCUGGUCGAGCCGUUCGUGUGUGAUUUUCCGGAGGUGGAGGAAUACGUAGAAGUCUCUGUGUGCUAGGAAAGUGUGCGCGCGUGUUUGGACUGUGUCUAGUGUUUCCAGCGGGGGAAAAAAGUAGUGAUUCCAGCAAGUGGAACCGGAACCAUGAAGCUGUUUACCACGCUCCUGGGAUUGGUCUUCCUCGGAUGCUGCAUGCUACUGACUCCGGUACCAAGCAGCGCUCUGCCCGACGUCAUCCGAAUCGGUGGCCUCUUUCACCCGGAUGACGACCAUCAGGAGAUUGCGUUCCGGUACGCGGUCGAGAAGAUCAACUCGGACCGCACGAUUCUACCGCGCUCCAAGCUGCUGGCCCAGAUCGAACGGAUCUCGCCCCAGGACAGCUUUCUGGCAUCGAAGCGCGUUUGUCACCUGCUGCGGGUCGGCGUGGCAGCCAUCUUUGGGCCGCAGUCGUCGCACACGGCAAGCCACGUGCAGAGCAUCUGCGAUACGAUGGAGAUACCACACCUCGAAACGCGCUGGGAUUAUCGGCUCCGUCGGGAAAGCUGCCUGGUGAACUUGUACCCACAUCCGAGUACACUGUCGAAGGCAUACGUGGACCUGGUGGCAGCCUGGGGCUGGAAAUCGUUCACCAUAAUCUACGAGACGAAUGAGGGCCUGGUGCGAAUGCAGGAACUGCUCAAAGCGCACGGUCUGUCCGAGUAUCCGAUCACCGUGCGGCAGCUGAGCGAUUCGGGCGAUUAUCGGCCACUGUUGAAGCAGAUAAAAAAUUCGGCCGAAUCCCACAUCGUCCUCGACUGUACGAUAGAGAAAAUCUACGACGUCCUCAAGCAGGCCCAGCAGAUCGGUAUGAUGAGUGAUUAUCACAGCUAUCUGAUAACGUCGCUGGACCUGCACACCAUCAGCCUGGAUGAGUUCAAGUACGGUGGCACGAACAUCACCGCCUUCCGAUUGGUCGAUCCGGAAAACCCCGAGGUGGCUCAGGCCAUCCACAAUUGGACCCUCGGCGAGGCAAGGCUGGGGAAGAAGGUGGAUUUCAAAACAACGGAAAAUGUGACCGUUAUUAAGGCGGAAACCGCACUGAUGUACGACGCCGUUCACCUAUUCGCAAAGGCACUGCACGAUCUGGACACCAGUCAGCAGAUUGACAUCCACCCUCUAUCCUGUGAUGCUCAGGACACUUGGCCCCAUGGAUAUAGUUUAAUCAACUACAUGAAAAUCGUCGAGAUGCGUGGGCUGACGGACGUAAUCAAAUUCGACCAUCAGGGCUUUCGUAGUGAUUUCGUACUCGACAUCGUGGAGCUGGGUUCGCAGGGACUGCGCAAAAGUGGUACCUGGAAUUCCACAUCGGGGGUGAAUUUCACCCGCACCUACGGGGAACAGCAGAAGGAAAUCGUCGAAAUUCUCCAGAACAAAACGCUGAUUGUGACGACGAUUCUGAGCGCACCGUACUGCAUGCGAAAGGACUCGGCCGAAAAGCUUACCGGGAACUCGCAAUUCGAGGGCUACGCGAUUGAUUUGAUUCACGAGACUUCGAAAAUAUUGGGCUUCAACUAUACGAUUAGGUUGGCACCGGAUGGACGGUAUGGAAGCCACAACAAGGAGACGGGCGAGUGGGACGGCAUGAUCAAGGAACUGCUGGAACAGCGAGCGGACCUGGCCAUCGCCGAUCUCACCAUCACCUUCGACCGGGAACAGGUGGUGGACUUUACGAUGCCAUUCAUGAAUUUGGGCAUUUCCGUCCUGUAUCGGAAACCGGUCAAGCAACCGCCGAAUCUGUUCUCCUUCCUUUCGCCGCUUUCGCUGGACGUGUGGAUCUACAUGGCGACCGCUUAUCUCGGCGUUUCCGUGCUGCUGUUCAUCCUGGCGCGAUUCACACCGUACGAAUGGCCCACUCCGAAUCCGUGCGAUCCCCAUCCGGAGAAGAUGCAGACGCAGUUCACGCUCAUGAACUGCAUGUGGUUUGCGAUUGGUUCGCUGAUGCAGCAGGGCUGUGAUUUUCUGCCCAAGGCCGUUUCCACUCGGAUGGUCGCUGGGAUGUGGUGGUUCUUUACGCUCAUCAUGAUCAGUUCGUACACGGCCAACUUGGCGGCUUUCCUGACAGUCGAACGAAUGGAUUCGCCCAUCGAGAGUGCCGAAGAUCUGGCCAAGCAGACCAAGAUCAAGUACGGAGCGCUUCGAGGUGGCAGCACUGCUGCGUUUUUCAGGGACUCAAACUUCUCCACGUACCAACGGAUGUGGUCCUUCAUGGAGUCAACCCGUCCGUCGGUAUUCACUGCCAGUAACAUCGAAGGAGUCGAACGGGUCGUCAAGGGUAAAGGCAGUUACGCGUUUCUGAUGGAAUCCACCUCGAUCGAGUACGUGAUCGAACGGAACUGCGAACUGACCCAGGUCGGUGGAAUGCUCGACUCCAAAGGAUACGGAAUUGCAAUGCCACCAAAUUCACCAUUUCGCACUGCCAUCAGUGGAGCCGUGCUCAAACUGCAAGAGGAAGGAAAGUUACACAUUCUGAAAACACGUUGGUGGAAAGAGAAACGGGGCGGUGGCUCCUGUAGGGACGAAACAUCGAAAUCUAGCUCCACCGCAAACGAACUCGGACUGGCCAACGUCGGUGGAGUCUUCGUAGUACUGAUGGGCGGAAUGGGAGUGGCGUGCGUUAUCGCUGUGUGUGAGUUUGUGUGGAAAUCACGAAAGGUUGCCGUCGAAGAGCGGGAAUCCUACCAGAAAAAGCACCCCAAAGAGUGUAGAUUCGACUGAACUGAAUUCCGUUACACGCACACAGUUAGGACAAAUCUUUGUACCUUUUCUCAAAAUCAAACCAUUUAAUUCCUUUCAUUUUUUUUUUUGACUAAACAAUCACAUUAGCUAUUUAUACCACUCAUACGUCCCUUUGAUUGUAUUAAAAAAAAACAUGAGCCAAAUCAUGGCCCAGCCCCAUUUGAACCGAAUCCCGCUACAUUCAAAGCUUCUACAUUCUUUCUUCGGAUAUCUUUCACCAGAAGCAGCAGCUAUACUAGAAUAUCACCCAAAACAAAAAAUCCGUAAACCAACACACACAAACCCCCACAAAAAAAACGCCCCUCCGUCAGCACGAAAUCCCAAAUGUAUUGUGUGGCGAUUUUUCUUCUCUUCUCACCAACGAACUCACUGCGAACGUCAAAUUAAAACCAAAAAUCAUCAACAACAAAAUCAACAAACAAACAAACAAACAAAUGCUCAUCAUUGAUGAUUCACACGAACCGUCGGUUGAAACUAUGACAACAACAACAACAACAACAACAAACAACACACUGACAACCAACCAUCAAUCCGAAACACCAUUGGAAACAUCGAAAACAUCGCUCUCGGUGCGGGAUUCAUUUUCCGGACGGCUUUCGGUAACAUCAUCGAUCUGCAGGAGGUCUCGCUUUGCUCGGAAAUGGCAUCAGAGUUACGCAUCGCACUCAAACGGAACCGCUCGAAGACGGCCGCCAGCCAUACCACGACCCUGCGUACAUCCAGUUCCCGCACAUCACCGAAGGACUCCGAACCGUCAUCCGAGCAUCGGUUUCAUCCACUCGGUCCGCCGUAUGCACAGUACGAAUUCGAUCCGAAAGUUGCGGU